AUGGCCAUGGCAAUCCACCGGUCUCCUGGAGCGGGGCGGGCGGCCCCGUGGUCUGAGAUUUCGUCCGCUACGGACUAUGUCGCCCCCCGGCCGUCGAAUUCUGAGUUCCAUCGAAUAGCGCACUUGCAGAGAGCUCUUCAAUCUCCCUGGGAAAUGUUUUGUGAUCUCAUUCCACGACAGACGAUCAAUCUCCUUCAGGUCAAUCAGCAGAGCAUCUUCACCGGCCGAAAAUUGAGUGCCCUUGAUGGCUUGGCGCCUAGCACAUUUCGAAUCAAGCUCCUCCUGUCCGCUAUAACACCUCUGAUGGCUGACGGUUUUGGCCUCAGAGUCUGUCGGAAAGAAGGACUCCUGGUCCUCCUGAAAAGAGAAAGACCAGACAACUUUGGACGAACAUACUUCCCUGGUGAGGAAGCCCCGGAUCGGGAUGGUUUGAAUAUUGCCUAG